AUGAUAAUUUAUGUUUUAUAUGCAGUUUUGGGUUUGAUCCUAUAUCUAUUUGUUAUGAAACCAUUGACAGAGAUGAUCAAGUUAAAAUUUCAAUUCGGAAAGGAAUGUAAGAUUUGUUUCACUGUUUUUGGAAAGGAAAUAUUUGAUCAACUAAAAGAAACAAAGGAAAACAAAAACCCCAGAGAUAUAUUCAAUAAGUAGAAAACAGCAUACAAUAAAUAUCAAUACAAAUUUUUUGUGACCAAUAUGCUUUGGAUUAUAAGAAUUUCUAUUGCCGAUCCUUUAUAUCAAAAAGAGGCUCUUAUAAAUCAUGAUUUAUAUUAAAAAGUGGAUCCUGUGUGUCAUAAUGAUUUAUUAUCUAAAGGACUUGUGUGGUCAAAAGGUGAAUAAUGGAAAAAAUAACGAAAACUAUUAUCAAGUUCUUUUGAAUUUGAUGCUUUAAAGAAAAAAGUACCUAUGAUAAAUGAGAUUACUUAAAGUAAAAUAGAGAAAUUUUCAAAUGAAAAUGUUUUAUCGUCCUUGCAGUCUAUCACUGGUCUAAUAGUAAUUAAAAGCUUUUUUGGGAUACAAACAGAUCAAAUAUACAUCAACAACACAGAAUUACAAGUAGAAAUUGCUAAUAUUAUGAAUGAAAUGGCAUAUAUGAGAUUUAAAUCUUAAAUUUAAUCUACAAAAAGACUCAUUUUUGGUACAAAGGCUUGGAAGAUUUUUCCAACUAAAGAAGAAAAGAGAUUAUUGCAAAGAGUGAAAGACAUGAGAUCAAUAGUUGGAGAUUUAGUAUAAUAAAGAAUAAAGUAUUUUGAAGAUUCAAAUAAUUCAAAGAAUAAUACUAUUAAUGAAAACUUUUUAAAUAUCUUGGUGAAUGAGUAUCUUAAAAUAACAAAUAAAUAAUAACAAGAGGCCACAUUUGAUUAGAUUAUUCAAGAAUUCAUCACAUUGUAGUUUGCUGGGACUGACACAACAGCAGUACUAUUACAUCAUUGUCUAUAUUUUUUGGCUUCUUAUCCAUAGGCUUAAGAUGAAAUAAGAGGAGAAGUAAAUCGAUGUUGCCCUUCAUCUUUUAUUAAUGAAAAUGAAAUUAAUAAUUUAAAGAGACUGUCAGCAUUUAUCAGCGAGGUAUUGAGAUUAAAAAACCCAGCUAUGAGACCUAUAAUUAGGGUGGCAACCCAAGAUCAUAAGAUAAAGGAUUUAUAAAUUAAGAAGGGUAAUAAAUAUAAAUCUAUUAGGUAAGGAUGGCUAGUGUGCAUUGAUUACUUCUUAUAAAAUUAAUCAGAAAAACAUUUUGAAAAUGCUGGACAAUUUGAUUACACAAGAUGGUUGUAGGAUAGCCCAAUCAAAGAUGAUAAUAAUUUUAUUUAUAUACCUUUCUCUGCAGGUCCUAGAAAUUGCAUUGGAUCAUAAAUGGCUUUGUUGGAAGUUAAGAUCAUAUUAGGUUAAAUCUUGAAAUAGUAUUAAAUAACAAGAAAUACCAAUGUGGAAGUCUCAUGGGAGAUACAUUUUAACCAUUAACUCAGUCCAACGAAUGCUGUAAUUUUAAAUAAAAUAAAAUGA